UCAAAUAAAAUAAAAACCCAACUCUUGUUUGUGUAUCUGUGAAUCGCAUAUUCAAUCUCUUCCACUGCAGCAAGGGCUUUUACAACCCCGGCGGUAUCAGCUGUAUAAUCUAAUAGCUUACUGGACUUUUCCUUCGCCACCAUAUCUGACGAGCUCAACCACUCCGAUUCCAAUUAAUUCUUCUUCGCUGUGUUAAAUUGCUGAUUGAAGAUGAUGAUUCAGGCGAUAUAUGGUUGUGUGUAGGGAUAACUUUUUUAUUAAAAUAAUUUUCAGAAAUAGAAAGGCUAUUAUUUGGGCGACCAAAUUUUCAUUCAUGGGGAUAAAUUUGUGUAAAGAUGAUUCACUUGAUUCUAUGUGAUUCAGAUGUUCUCAUAGUGUUUCUUAAUCACCCCCAACUUUACUGAUGGCGAUCCGAAUCUUGAAGAAACUCAGCCCCGCCGCCGCCCCCUUUCUCCACCGCACAAAAACCUCCUCAGCCGCAUAUGUCGCCUCCAGAGCACGAGACGCCACAUUCGAAAAGCUAAUGGAGAAAUACAAGAACCUCCUCAAAGUUAUCUCCAUACAAGAUCUAAUCCUCGCCUCCCAAUCUACUCCACCUUCCAUCUCCAUCGACUUCCUCCACCGCCUCUCUCAGAAACUCCACCUCAACCGCGGCCCCUCCGCCUUCCUCCGCACCUACCCUCACAUCUUCCACAUUUUCACCCACCCCGUUAACCUCCAACCCUACUGCACACUCACACCCGCCGCUCGCCAAAUCGUUCUCCAAGAAUCCGACGCCUUAAACAAAUCCACGCCUCUCGCAGUAACCCGAUUGGUCAAGCUCCUAUCGAUGUCCCUCACCAGAAAGCUGCCCCUUCGAGCCAUUUUCAAGGUGUGGAGAGAAUUGGGUCUGCCCGAUAACUUCGAGGACUCCGUUAUUUCGAGGAACCCCGACAUUUUCUCUCUCCGGGAUGGAAACGAGCCCAACACUCAUUACUUAUUGCUCGGCGAUACCGAAGCGUUUAAAGAUUGUCUGGUUCCCGUUGUUGAGAAUUGGAGGGUCCUCGAAUGCUGUAACGGAGAAUGCACUGUUGAUAGGACCGAGCUACAGUACAGCUUCAAACACGGGUUUCCACCUGGGAUGCGGUUGUCGAAGAAUUUCAAGGCGAAAGUCAAGGAGUGGCAGAGAUUGCCUUACGUUGGACCCUACGAAGAGAUAAAGACUGUGGACAAAAAUCGGAGGAGCAAAAACCAGAUGAUGAAAAUGGAGAAAAGGGCGGUGGGGAUAGUGCACGAGUUCUUGAGCUUGACGGUGGAGAAAAUGGUGGAGGUCGAAAAGAUUAGCCAUUUUAGGCAGUGGUUCGGAAUUGAUUUGAAUGUGAGGGAUUUGUUUCUGGAUCAUCCAGGAAUGUUCUAUUUGUCGACUAAAGGAAAGAUGCACACUGUGUUUCUGAGGGAGGCGUAUGAGAGAGGGUGCUUGAUUGAGCCCAACCCUAUUUAUGAGGUUAGGAGGAAGCUUCUUGAUCUUGUUCUUUUUGGCCGUCGGGGUUUGGACAGAGUUCGUGGUGCUGAUAACUCGAAUAGUGAAGGAGAUGAAGUGGAAGAAUUGUGCGAUGAUUGAGGUGUGUCACAAUGUUUUCUUCACUUGCUACGCUAUUUGUAAAGUUGGAAGCUUCGUACGGAGCAUUUGGAUAAUGUUAGCACUCGGGGAGGCGUCACAAGGUAUGUGUAGCAAUGCAGUUAUUUCACUUGUUAAACUAUCAAGCUACGAAGCAUUAUGGGCAUAUAUACAUGAUGAGUUUAAAAGGUUAGAACCGGAUGAAACAACUGUGACCUAACUAACUGCUAAUUGAGAAAUUGUAUCCCUUCUCUAAUGUGAAAGAUCCACUCUCAUUUAUUUUGCCAGCUAAGCGAAAUUCCACAUUAUUUCACCGCAGGUAUCAUGAUUCAGACAUUUGUAUUUGAUCAGCAAGAUAUCUUAUUAGUAAAAUAAAGGUUGCUUCUUUGAAACCGUAUGGCAACUUUUCCCGCCUAUUUUAAGGUUGAAUUUCUUACAUUACUUUAAUAUUAAUUUUUGGAUCAUUAUUUUUUGUUCAAUUCAAAUAUCGAUUUCUUU